CGUGCACUGCUCACACACCACGACCACGUUAUUCGUAAGGCUGUCAGCCCAGCAACAGAUUGAGAAUUUUGUGAACAUGAAUCUAAGCUCUUCUGACGAGAGCGGUCACAACUCCACUGAAGGUUGCCUCGAGGAUGACAAACACAAUGUCACGCUGCCCUGCUUACGCAGAAACAUCUACGAUGAACCGCUUGCUUCCUACUCCAACGGAUCCAUCAUAUCCCAACUUCUCCGUAAAACCAUCCACAGCAAAAGGGUACUAGAUGAAAGCCAUUUCUACCUUUCAAACUCUACUGCUACUGACUCUGGACAGGAGGACCAUAGUAGUGUGUCUUCAAAGGAUAGCACAGCAGAAGGAUCCUCCCUAAAUGGCCACAUUUCUACCAGGUGCAGCCCAGAUGGAGAACAUCCUAUGUCAGACCACCUGCAAGCAAAGAGAGCCAGGGUGGAGAAUAUCAUCAGGGUGAUGGCUGGUUCUCCCAGCAACAGACCGCAUGGGGACAAUGAGAGGCUCGAAAAUGAUGGCCGGGACACCAGAGAGGCAUAUCGGGAGAACAAACGUAAACAAAGGCUCCCUCAGCAUCAGGAACACAGCAUUGGAGGGCCGGCAAGUAGAAAACCUAAAAGUGACCACGAUGAUACGAACAACAAAGAGGAGGAGUGCCACAAACUAAAAGAGCAACUCCACAGCAUGCAAAGACUUCUACGUCAACUCCAGGAAAAAUUCCUUCAAGUGUAUAACCGGGAGGAAGCUGAUCAUGACAACAGGGAAAGGGCAGGUGUAGCAAUCGAGUGUGAUGACAGAAUCAAAGUAGUUGGUCACUUUGCACACCAUAGGGAGAAUCAGAACCUUCAGGAAAUCUUGAAGCAAGAGCUCUCUAAAGCUGUGAAUGAGUGCGUGGACAGGGUGUUUACAAAGGUGUCCUCAUCAGGGCCGGAUCUGUCCGCUCAACAGCGAAUGUGCCCGUCGCCAGAUAUGCAGAUCAGCUCAGGUACUGGCAGAAAGAACCAAUCAGACAGCUCCACACAUGAGCAGCUACAAACUGAAGAAUGUGCAGUCAAGCCCCACUCUUUAGAGUAUUACGAAAACUCUGAAAUGCACCAAGACCAGACCGAGGCCCUGUCACUGGUUAUUCGCAAACCUGUUGCGUCGCCUCUGAGCUCAGUAACCCCAACAGUGAAGAGGCCCUAUCCUGUGCACCAGACGCCAUUCCAGUUCAACUAUAGCACCCCUCUGCAUGAUAGUCAGAUUCUGGAGCACCUUCUCAAGUAUGGGCCACAUUCUAACUACGCGGGUCUCCACUGCAUGCCCCAUUCAAUGGACAGAUCCUCUCCAGACCCUGUGGACCUACCGUGGGACACCAUCGCAUUGAGAGCCAAGGUAACACCAGCCCACCUCAGCCACCACGCUUGUCCCUCUGGCCUGGGUGCAGUGACUGUUGACAAUCUAUGCCUUCCUCAUGUGAAACUGGAGUGUGGCGAUCUGCAGAGUAUGGCUGACAGACACUCCUACAUGUCUCUCAACAUCCAGGAGGGCCUCACCCCGAGUCACCUGAAGAAGGCCAAAUUGAUGUUCUUCUACACCCGCUACCCCAGCUCCAAUGUCCUGAAGACAUUCUUCCCUGAUGUCAAGUUCAACCGCUGCAUCACAUCUCAGCUGAUCAAGUGGUUCAGUAACUUCAGGGAGUUCUACUACAUCCAGAUGGAGAAGUUUGCCCGCCAAGCCAUUGUAGACGGCAUUACCGAGGCCAAAGACAUCACAGUCAGCCGAGACUCCGAGCUGUUCCGUGCGCUCAACAUGCACUACAACAAGGCCAACGACUUUCAUGUUCCGGACAAGUUCCUGGAGGUCGCUGAGAUUACUUUGCAUGAAUUUUACAAAGCCAUUUCUGCGGCCAAAGAUUCCGACCCCUCGUGGAAAAAGGCCAUCUAUAAGGUGAUUUGUAAACUGGACUGUGACGUUCCAGAUGAGUUCAAGACGUCUUCCUAUUUGUAGAACAAGGUGGACAAAAAAGGGGUUAGGAUUUUGGUGACAUUGGAAGUUAGCCACUGGAGUAUAAUCAUUUCUUGUAGUGCUUUUUAGUGAAGUGAAAUGUAGCUGUUGUUGGAUGACUACAGUAGGUAGCUUGUUAAUAUUCUUGUUGAGGAUUAUUAUUUGGUUGUGUAUAGUUUUUACUUGUACUUGUAUAAUAAGUACAGCUUCGGUACUAGUAGAAAAUUCAUGUGUGCCAAAUGUUUACAGAGAUGUAAUUCUACUUUUUUAGUAUUAUCAACCAAGGGUGGGCAUUGGAGUACAUGAGGAAAAUUAACAAUCCGUUGUCACCUAGUCUCAUUGAUUCAUGUUAUGUUUUUUUUUUUAUUCAAAUAAUACAAUAAAUAACUUCAUUGACCUCAUUCGAUUAUUUUAGCGCCACUGAAAAGAAAAGCACCAGUUCACAAUAAAAAGGUUAGCAUAGCACAGCAGGCAUAUUUUACGUCAAGGGUUUCAAACUCGUGGCCCAUAUUUUGUGGCCCUCCUACAGAACGUCAUAGUUUAAUGUAAUUGCACCCACACGUCCUGUGUGGCUAAUAGUUAAAUAUAUUAUAACAACAAACAAACAUCGGUCAAUACAAGGAGCAACUUACUGUAAGCAAGCGGUAUGUUUCUGACCAUCUUCUCGGAAACUUAACUGUUUUAUAGUUCAGGGUCACUACUUUAACUGCUGGUAGUUAACAAAUUUCGUCACACGGUUAGAACAUGAUUUUAAAGUGUCUAUACCCAGCAACCCUGACGUAAAUUAGGUUUAAGACCUCAGCUGUAGGUUGACCUACAAAUGUAUUAUAUCACCACCUGCUUAGCCAACAAGUUUUUAUGACAAUUAUAACAGCAAUAGAUUUAUAUAGCACAUAUUUAUCAGAAACCUAAAGUGGUAACAUCGAAAACCCAUCAUUCAUUCAUUAUAGAUUCACACAUUGGUGUAGUGUGGCGGUAGACUGACGUAUAUGUGACGUAUACCAAUCCGUGCCGACAGCCUCUUUGUGACCACUACCAAACAUUCAUACACCAGGAAUUAAGGUGCCUGAAGUGUCUUGUCCAAAGAGACAAGAGCAGUGACUUGGAUAGAAGUUUCUGGACAAAUCAACUGUAUAUCCUGAGCCACCUUUGGCCAACUAAACUGUUUUCUGGGGCGAACAAAAGGAACCAAAAAAUAGUAAGGCACAUUUCAUUUAUUCAUUAAUAUUUGAAAUAAGAGCUAUACUGUAUAGUGAGCAAAAAAAAAAAAUAUUUCAAAAUGUUGUCAUUGUACUGUACAUUUUCUGGUUAAUAUUUAUGGGGAAAUGACUUCCUUGUUAUCUUUUUUUAUGUUUUUGAUAGAUUUUUAGGUUUUCUCAUGUUAAUGACUUAAGUUGCCUGUUGUGGAAAAGAGUACAAUUUAGACAACCCUGGCUUAUGCUGUUCAGGUGAACUGGAGUUCGUCCCAGCUGAAGCAAGGUAGCAAAGUAGACCCUACUGUAAGUGUGUCACCUGUCAAAAACAGGACUCAUUUAAUAUUUUAAAAUGUAAACUAUUUGAGACUAAUUAAACAUUGCCUCUGCUGGUUGCAGCCAAGUAGCACUUCUCAUUUUGCCAUAAUUGAAUGGGAUUAUUCACCAAAAAUAAUUUCCUCACAAUUAUUAUUAUCACACCAAUCCCUUGACUUAAAUGGUUGCAUUGAGUUUUUUCACUGUUUUCCAUUGAUGUGUGUUGUGGAAAAAGCUGCACUUACACUGUAUUUGUCUUCAAUAUUCUGUGAUUAUGCUGUAACUAUUUGCUUGAUAUAAAGUGCAUAUGGAAAUAAUACAAGUUACUUAACUGUACAGCAUUUGGUGAUAAUGUUAGGUACAAUCAUUUCCAGAUCAUUUUAGUUGUGGACAUUGUAAUGGAUGAUGAUGUAAUUAAAGAUGCUCUAA